AUGCCAAUUUUUGCAGAGAGCAGCAGCAGCUGCAGCAGCACAACUAUAGCAGACCAAAUUAAGCUAAGAAAACCCAGAAGCCAAGAAGAGCUACAAUCCAUUUCAACAGAAACAGAUCCAAACCCACAUAUCUCUAAGUCUUCCAAAUCCAAUACAAUUAUCUCCUCUCUCUUCCAGUCUCACUUCUCUACAACCCCACCUGACCAAACCAAGAAGAAAGGUGCAACCUUUAGAGGCCUAGGAUGCACUGCUGGAGCAGCACAGCAGGUGUCGGUGCCGGCGGUGAUAAGGUCAUCGGCUGACUGGGAAGGGAAAAGGGUCAAGAAGAAAAAGGGUCAUCAGAAAAGGAAGAAAGAAAGCAUGAAACUUUGCACUGACAACAACAGUAAUAAUACUACUAAUAGUAAUGGUAAUGGUGAUGUUAAUGGAGAUGGUAAUUUUGGGAAUUGUAUGGUUAUGCAAGAUGUUUGGUGUGGUCCUGGAAUUGGGUUCUCAGGUGCUGAUGCUGUUGUUGGGUCAGUUGAUUGUGUUGUGGCUAGAAGGAAUGUGUCAUCUGGAAGAGGGAAGAUUGAUGGCGGAGAGAAAAUUAAUCAGAGGGAAAGGGAGAGGGAGAGGGAGAGGGAGAGAGAGAGAGGGAGAGAGAGUGUUCAGUGUCUUGUAAAACUCAAUUUGGCCUUGAAUUCUCUUUUGAUUUUUAGUUUGUUUAAUGUUUUUAUGCGUCGGCCUUGUUUAAGUAGGCGGGCGUCAGUGAAUCCUGAAACUCUUUCAUUUCUGGAUACUGAUCCUGCUUUUGUAACAUCUCGUCCUGAACCAGAAGUUUUUGGAACUCGGUAUUAUCGCCAUAUUCGACAUCCUUCCCCAGAUGGACUUGCUGAGAUAAUGAUGCUCCAAAAUAGUUUCAUCAUGGGAGGAAGAUUGGAUCGAUUUAGCAACUGGAGGCUUGAUAUUGAUCACAUGACAUACGAGCAACUGCUGGAGUUGGGUGAUAGAAUCGGUUAUGUGAAUACUGGAUUGAAGGAAGAUGAGAUCAGCAGCUGUGUCAAGAAAAUUAACCCCUCAAUUGGGAAAGAACUGUCAACACAUUUUCCCAUGAUGUUGGAAAAGAAGUGCAGCAUUUGUCAGGAUGAAUUCGAAGAAGAUUAUGAGUUGGGAAAACUAGAUUGUGGACAUGGCUUUCACAUACAAUGUAUAAAGCAAUGGCUUGCACAGAAAAAUACUUGCCCAGUCUGUAAAGCUGAACCUGUGGCUCGAGGCUAG